CUGCGGUGAAGUGACUGAUGCCUUUAAAUGAAAUCCUACUUUGAAGGCCCAGGCAGCGUUGCUGAUUCAUGUUACUAAUUGGGCUUUGGGAGAAAGAUUCUUUCAGGGUGAAUAAAGUCCAGCUUGGGCUGGAAAAUAGAAACCUAAGAAAUCAGUUUUGUUUCCUAUGUUAUUUGGCACAUAGCUGUAAACGGGCCUUCUGUUUGGGCCAAUCAGCGCAGCGAAGCCCUGGGAACACGGUCCCAUUAGAGCUUGCGUAGCUACAGCCGAGAGGGGGGCAAAUCCUUCUUCAAAGCUUCUGAAUCUCUGUCUUCUACCAGCUUUUAGGGGAGACGUGGCGGGCGAGGUAAUAGCUCUUACUGCACCAGCUGUUGGUGUGAGAGAUGAGCUUUCAAGCUACACAGGCUCUUGGUCAGGUCUGGGACAGGGACGCCGAGUGUCACAGCUACAGGCAAGGGCUGACGAAGCGGAGCCGCUAUCCCAGUGAUCAGGGCGUGUGGGUCAGAGUCUCAGUCAUGGUUGGAUUUAUCCCUAUUGCUGUUGGAGCAACUGUUGGAUUAGGCGUUGCCAGCAUUGCUGUCCCAGCAGCACUUGGGGCAGCAGGCUUUACUGGAGCAGGCAUUGUAGCUGGGACCCUUGCUUCCAAGAUGAUGUCAGCAGCGGCCGUAGCCAAUGGAGGAGGGGUAGCCGCUGGAAGUACUGUGGCAGUGCUGCAAUCUGUGGGUGCUGCAGGUCUUUCUCUUGCUACAAAAGGGGCGGUGGCAGCUGUUGGGGGAGUACUUGGAUUCUUCUUUCCAAAGUGAAAGCUACGACUGUUCUUCCCUCUUCCUCCUGCAGAAACAGCCGCUGCAACCUGCCUCUUGCUUGUUCUGCCUUCUCAACAAACAGCCCUUACAAUCCAUUUGGCUGGUGGCUGAAAUGUGAGAAAACAAUAAAAGCUUUUUGCUGA